AUGGGAGCUAAGGAGCUUGCUCAGCAGGUAAAGGCUCUAGCUUACAAAGCCGAUAUUGUUGUUCGUCUCUACCAUGCCAUUGUGACUCAGCCGCUCGCAGGGGCCACGCAGUACCAGGUCUGGGAGGAGCUCGGCCGCGCGGCGGAGAAGCUUUACCUCGCCGACCCGAUGAAGGUGCGUGUAGUUCUGAAAUACAGGCCUGUUGAUGGUAAUUUGUAUCAAAGUAACAGAUACUUGGCCUGUUUGGUGUAUAAAACAGACCAAGCUCACGAUGUGAAGAAGAUUGAGAAGUUCCACAGCCAACUGAUGCGAUUUAUGGUGUCCAAGGAAUCCCUCAACGUCAUCAUGGAGUCAGAAUGA